AUGGCUAUCAACGAGGAGAUUGCCAAUGGUGGCGAGCUGCCAAGGAGAUACGUACGUAUUCCAGACAUGUUCGCGUCAAUCAUGUCGUUUGCGCCGCGGAUCAACCCACAUUACCACAAGGUCAAACCCGAAGCUGAGAAGUGGGCGGUCAGCGUCCUCGGUUUGGAUGAAGAAGAGGCAAUCCGGGUGUCGAAAGCGGACUUUACGUACCUGGCUGCCAUGUGGGUUCCAGAUGGCGACGAAGAGGGGCUGCGUGUGGUCACGGACUGGUUGCAUUGGGUCUUCUACUUUGACGACCAGUUCGACGAAGGCGACCUGAAGGACGAUCCCGAAGCAGCCAAGGCAGAGGUGUUGGCUACCCUUGCAACGAUGGACGAGGGUCAUCCAGUGGUCUCGGCGAGCGAGAACGCGCUGAGAUACGUGUUCCAGUACUCUUGGUUCUGUUUUCAAAAGAGGGCAUCGCCAGGCCUCCAGAAGCGAUACAAGGAGUCGAUGAAAGACUACUGCGACGGGUUGUUGAGACAAGUCGACGUCAUAUCCGAGUCGAUGACGAUAGGCGUUGAGGAGUUCAUGGACUUUCGAAGAAGCUCCAUUGCCGUGUACCCUUCUCUUGAAUUGAUGGAGUAUGCACAGGGCAUCGAGCUACCACUGCACGUAUUCAAGAACAGAGCUGUGACUGAUCUGCGGCGCAUCUCGUCGGACAUUUCAUGCUUGCAAAACGACGUUCUCUCGUACCGGAAGGAUUUGGCACUGGGAGUCGAACACAACAUCAUCCAUGUGUACCGGAAGCAAGGUCUCUCAGAGCAGCAGGCUGUCGAUGCUGUCGAAGAAAUGUUCAGUGGCUUGUACAAGGGCUGGUACCUCGCACUUUCCGAGCUGCCUUCUUGGGGCGAGCAGAUAGAUCGGGAGAUGCUCAAGUACAUCGACGGCUGUCGUCACCUUGCCAUCGGCAACAUCUAUUGGAGUUUCAUGACGGGCCGUUAUCUUGGAAGUGAAGGGGAGACUGUACGAAAGACUCGCAUGAUGGCGCUCCCGUGA